ACGCAGGGCUGGGCCACACUCGGCCUCCUGCACGAGGAGCUGAUUGACAGCCACGGGUGGGCGGUUGGCCCCGCUCAGGUUCGGCUCCGGGUGGUCACCGGGCCUGAGCCGAGCCGGCGGACAGCCCUCAGGGGACACCUGCCCCGCGCUCGGAGCCCAUCCGCCGGCCCGCGGGAAGGAAGCCCUCGGCCCGGGGCCUUCGGAGCGCGUCCCGCCCGCUUUCCUUUCCCGCGCCGCCCUCCCUCCCUCCCUCCCGGAGGCUCCCGGGGGAGGGGUCGGGGGAGGGGCGGCCCGCGCGGGUCCGGGUGCAGGUCCCGGGCUCAGACCGGCCCGAGCAGGUCCAGGGUCAGGCGGUGACGCCGCCCCCGGGCCCGGCCAUGGUGCAGGCCUGGUACAUGGACAAGUCGGCCGACGACCCGCGGCUGCCCCACCGCGGGGAGCCCGCGCGCCCGGUCGGCCUGGAGCAGCUGCGCGGGCUCGGGGUCCUUUACUGGAAGCUGGAUGCUGACAAAUAUGAGAAUGAUCCAGAAUUAGAAAAGAUCCGAAAAGAGAGAAACUACUCCUGGAUGGACAUAAUAACCAUAUGCAAAGACAAACUACCAAAUUACGAAGAAAAGAUUAAGUUGUUUUAUGAGGAGCAUUUACACCUGGAUGAUGAGAUUCGCUACAUCCUGGACGGCAGUGGGUACUUCGACGUAAGGGAUAAAGAGGACAGGUGGAUCCGGAUCUUCAUGGAGAAAGGAGACAUGAUCACUCUCCCCGCCGGGAUAUACCACCGCUUCACACUGGAUGAGAAGAACUACGUGAAGGCCAUGCGGCUGUUUGUGGGAGACCCAGUGUGGACGGCGUACAACCGGCCGGCUGACCACUUCGAGGCCCGCGGGCAGUACCUAGAGUUUCUGGCGCAGACGGCCUAGCGGUGCCCUGGGGCCUGGCGCACCCCGGCCCCCCUUGUGAAGGUCCCAGACCUGAUGGCAGCAGAAAAUCAGUCGUAUUCUCUUUGCUUUUGUGUUGUAGACUUGAGGCUAGGUGAGCUUUUCUCUGCAAGAUUGUUGGAUCAGAAUACGUUUUAAUGGGAGCAGCUGGAGAACCGGUUUGUACUGGAAGCACCUGUGAAGAUCUGGGCAGAUCCGCUCAUUUUCCCUGAUUCAGGAUCAGUGGUCAGUGGCCCUGUGUUAGCUCGUGCCUUCAGCUGUGACCCAGUGAGUUUCAGUGCCCCAAACGCAGCCACUUAGCUGCCCCAUCUGGACCCGAUUCUUGGACUUUAAGCAGAUACCAGGCGAGGCCACGCCUACCCUGUGCGGAGGAGUGACAGUGGAUGACAGAAGUGGGCAGAGAGAAGACGCUUUUCUCCCAAAACACGGGGGAAGCUGGGUAGGGGGUGCCGUGGGGGAUGAGCUGGCGUGCUAGGGGGACCCUCGCUGGAUUAUGCCACGUUCUUGUUCAAGAUAAACUAGCUGCCUUCAUGUAUGCUUGUGGCUUGGAGUUACCUUAUAUUCUGGUACAUGUGGCUCCUUAAAAUCAUCCCAUUGAGAUCCUUUGUGGGAUUGUAUGUGUGUAUAAUUAAUUUUUACUUUAUCUGGGUUAUUACUUGUUCCAGGUGAGAUUUCUACGUUAAACUCCCUACAGUAAAUCUCUUUUACAAUCAA